AUGGAUGACACCGCAUCAAAGUAUCCAAGUAAAGCGUUAGAUUAUGAAGGAACUAGAGAAUUGCAAAAUUUAAUCAAUGGAUUGAAUUAUGACAGUGGAAUGGAUGUUGCAUUACUUUUAAACUGCUCUCAAAUGGAUAUUAUUUCAGAUUUGUUGACUGGCGAAGAAAUAAUUGAGAGUGUCAUGGGAAAAGACGAAAGUGAUGAUGUGGAAGUCGAAGAUGAAAGUGUAGUUAUAGAGCCACCUUCCCCUAAAGAAGCUAUCAAAGCUGCAAAGAUAUUGAAUAGGUUUUUAGUGCAUCAGGAAACGACAACACUAAAAUCUCUUCUAAUGUUAAUAAAAAUCCAAGAUGAAAUUCAACGUGACAUCAAUUUUAAGAAAAACUAA